UAGACUUUUAGGCCGUCGCACUUUUGUUUGUGGUGGAGAUUGUAAACAUAACUCAGUUUUGCCUUCUCCGUCCAACCAAAUAGUCAGCUUUAUAUUCUCCAUAAUAUAUCUCUCUUUGCUUCACUUUUUUUUUUUUUUUUUCUGAGAGCAGUAACAAAAUGGAUAGAGCGUUGAAGCCAAUGGACGCUGAGCAACUCAGAGAGUGUGGGCAUAAGAUGGUGGAUUUCAUUGCUGACUACUACAAAACCAUUGAGAAUUUCCCAGUUCUCAGCCAAGUCCAGCCUGGAUAUCUACAUAAACUUUUACCGGAUUCUGCACCUACUCAUCCUGAUUCUUUGGAAAAUCUAUUUGAUGACAUUCAGACCAAAAUAUUACCAGGGGUGACACAUUGGCAGAGCCCAAAUUAUUUUGCAUACUAUCCUUCUAAUAGUAGUGUUGCUGGAUUUAUGGGCGAGAUGCUUAGUGCUGGUCUUAACAUUGUGGGCUUUAGUUGGAUUACUUCUCCGGCAGCAACAGAACUUGAAACGGUUGUUCUUGACUGGCUUGGUAAAAUGUUAAAGCUUCCUGAGGAUUUUCUUUCAGCAGGACAGGGUGGUGGAGUCAUUCAGGGAACAGCAAGUGAAGCUAUUCUAGUUGUAUUAUUGGCUGCCCGUGAUAAGUUCUUGAAGAAGGCCGGGAAAAACGCACUUGAGAAACUUGUCGUUUAUGCAUCUGAUCAGACUCAUUCAGCUUUACAGAAGGCUUGUCAGAUAGCAGGUAUACAUCCAGAGAAUUGCAGGCUUCUAAGAACGGAUUCUUCUACCAAUUAUGCCCUACCUCCAGAUGUACUUAACAAAGCAAUUUCGAGUGAUGUUUCCAAUGGUUUUAUUCCCUUUUUCUUAUGUGCAACGGUUGGUACCACUUCAUCUACGGCUAUUGAUCCUUUGUCAGCAUUAGGAAGGAUUGCUAAGAGUCAUGGAAUGUGGUUCCAUGUGGAUGCUGCAUAUGCUGGAAGUGCUUGUAUAUGUCCAGAAUACCGCCAGUACAUUGACGGUGUUGAAGAAGCGGACUCAUUUAACAUGAAUGCUCAUAAAUGGCUUCUAACAAAUUUUGAUUGUUCAGCACUCUGGAUUAAGGAUAGAAAUGCUUUGAUUCAGUCCUUAUCUACAAAUCCCGAGUUUCUGAAAAACAAGGCUUCUGAAGCAAAUUUGGUUGUGGAUUACAAGGAUUGGCAAAUACCGCUUGGACGUCGCUUUAGAUCACUGAAACUAUGGAUGGUGUUACGUCUGUAUGGUGUGGAGAACCUACAGAGCUACCUAAGAAACCAUAUCAAUUUGGCUAAACACUUUGAGGAGCUUGUUGCUAAAGACUCGAGAUUUGAGGGGAUUGGUAUUGACUCUGCUGGCUGUUCAGAAAUCGGAAAAAUCUACUUACGGGACAAUAUUGUCACACCUCGAAUAUUCUCGCUAGUUUGUUUCCGCUUGCUUCCUGCUUGCAAGGAUGAAGCUUUGGCAAAUAAACUGAACGAUGACCUGUUGAAUGCCGUGAACUCGACCGGAAAAGCUUUCAUUUCUCACACGGUUUUAUCAGGAAAAUACGUAUUACGUUUUGCAGUAGGAGCUCCAUUGACUGAAGAGAAACAUGUAAAUGCGGCGUGGAGUGUUCUGCAAGAAAAAGCCUCUGCCUUAUUGGACCCAUAAAUAAGCUUAUUACAAUCCUUGAUUGAUGCCUUUGAUUAUUAUUGUUUAAGUCUUCUUUCUUGGUGCACAUUUGGCAAUUAUUUUAUCAUUUAUUUGAUGUAAGUUACAUCAUGUUGAAAUAUUAUUAAACGGAAUAUCACAAAUAACAAAGUAAUUUUUUUUUUUCGUUUUA